AUGCCACAAUCUAAAAGAUUCUUGCGAGAUCUGCAUAGUGACAAGAUCAAGCAGAUUUGCGUACUCGUCACAGAGGACGAGUACGUCGCCGAUAAUCAGUCGGCACAAGUGUUUGCUGAGAACGAGCGAGUUCUCAGUAGCUCAUCUAUGGACAAUAGUGUCCUCGAUGAGAAGACUCGGAUUGAGCGAUACACGUCUCAAUCUUGGGAGUCUUUGCAGACAAAUCCUUUGUAUAAGGAUUCGGUUGAAUUCAAGGAUGUAUUCCCUGAAACUGUUCCAUGCGAGCUGCCUAAGGAAAAAGGCACUCGGCAUGAGAUCGAGAUGAAAUCCGAUUCGAAAAACAGUGUCAUGAAGCAGUGGCCACUGCCUCGUGAACAAGUACUUGCGAUCGACAAGUUCUUUGCCGAUCGUUUAGCUGCGGGCCAUGUGAGGGAAUCAACUUCCCCACAUAGCGCUCCGACCUUCGGUGUGCGAAAAGCAACAGGAGGGUGGCGGAUAGUGCAUGCAUUUAACAAGUUGAAUGCUGCAACGGUACCGGCUCAGACGCCGAUACCGAGGAAGGACGUAAUCAUAGAUGGUGUGGCAAAAAGUACCAUCUCUUCAAUCACGUAUCUGAUAGAUGGGCUCUACCAUAUCCCAAUGCGUGACGGACUUCCCGUACACGGCAGUAAGCACUCCGAGCGGUCUGAUUCGGGAUAG